AUGCCGGUUCGGACUCGCCAAACUGGCCGAGCGAAGUGCAGUCCCAAGAAAGCAGCCCAAGGCAGUUCAGCGGACGACUAUAUCCUGGGGCCGCAGCUCGGCUCUGAUGGCCGCGACAAGGCUGUCUACGAGGCGCGCAACCCUGUCGGGCGUGUGGUGGCUGUCGCUCAGUUCAAGAAGACCAAGUCGGUCGCAAAGAUCCGCAAGGAGGCCGAGUAUCAGGGCCGUGCAGCAUCGGCUGGCCUGGCGCCGGCCGUCCUCGAGGUGGACACCGCGCAACGGCGGCUCGUGAUGGAGCUGCUCCCGGGAGGCACGCUCCUCGCCCUCGCGCGGUCUCAGGGCGGUGUGCUUUCCGCCAAGCAGCAGCGUGGCCUGGUCACGCUCCUCAAACGACUGGGCACGGAGGCGAGUAUCGUGCACAACGACUGCGGUAAUCCUUCCAACUUCAUCGCAGAUGCAAUGGGGGAGCUAAAAGUAAUCGAUUUUGGCGUGGCGAAGGAGCUGCGCUCAUCCCAACACCCACACUCAAACCUGCACGCCAUCCGACACCUGCUGUAUGAUGUGCAGCAGGGACUGAUCACUCAUCGGGUGCUCAGGGAGUCACCUGACAUCCUCAUCCGUGAGUAUGAACUCUUUGUGGACUCUCUCGCUGGGAGAGACGGGCAGACGCCCCAGGACACUACGCCGGCAACCGCGGCCAAGCCUGUGCGUGCUGUCUCGAGUGGCGAUGAGCAUCGCACAGAGGGCGAGGAAUCCAGACCCCGCUUGACGGCGCUUGCUGCCCAAUUCGCGGUGGCGAUCCUUGGCGGAGGCGCCCUGCUCAGUGUAGCCUCAAUCGUGGGCUCCCGCUUUUUUGCUGAGCCUGAAUCCCGCUGGUGGAGUAGAUGA